GCAGGCGUCCAUUGUAUGUUUCGAGCGUUAUCUGAGUUUGAGUGUUCAGCGCCUCCGGGUUUCCGUAGUUCUGCAGAUGGCGGUGGAGGAGACGCGGAUGCUCUAGUUUCUGGCGUAUCGUCCUUUCUUUAGCCGUCACACCAGCGAAACGGUUGCUCAGUCGCUGUGGGAAUCGGACAGACGACACCGCAGAGCGGCGAUUUAAUUUCUCGUUCUUUAAUAUUUGGAAAGGAUUUGUAUCUCCUUUGUUUUGUGUCCUGUUGUGUGUGCUCCAUCAUGGCUGUGGUCAUCCGAUUACAGGGACUCAGAAUCACGGCUGGUUCUGAGGACAUUCGCAAUUUCUUCACUGGGCUCAGAAUCCCUGAUGGUGGGGUUCAUAUAGUUGGUGGGGAGCUUGAGGAAGCUUUCAUAAUAUUUGCAUCUGAUGAAGAUGCGAGACGAGCGAUGACUCGCUCAGGGGGCUGCAUUAAGGGCUCUCCCGUCAACUUGCUCCUGAGUAGCAAGUCAGAAAUGCAGAGUGUUCUCGAGGAAAGCACUAGAAGGUCCGAGUUAAAAAGCAGGGUCAUGUACAAGGAGGUUGUCAAAAGUCCUUCUGUGGAACGAGGUCCUCUGCAAUUUAAUAAGGACCCGAGAGCAGACAUACGAAGGCCGGAUCAUCAAGAGAUGAGGAACAGGCCUUCUCUAUCUUCAUUCAUUGAGACCCGACAUCAGAGAGAAGGGAGCGCAUCAGAGAGAGAUGAGGUGUAUCUGAAAUUGACAGGGAUGCCGUUCUCUGCAACAAAGGAUGACGUCUAUAGUUUUUUCGAUGGGUUGCAGAUUGACGAUAUUAUGUUUUUGAGAAACCCCAGAGGACAGUUCAACGGACAGGGCAUUGUGCGCUUUGCUACCAAACAGGAUGCAAUCGAAGGUCUGAAGAGGGAUCGAGAAUACAUGGGACCACGGUAUAUCCAAAUAACAAGAUGCUCCGAGGAGCUAUGGGUGGCAGAAGGAGGUCUCAUAAAACCAGACAGUCGGAAAAGAGCGUCCUUGGACCGGGCGAGAUCUCGAUCUCCUGUUUCCUACAAGUCUAGGUCGCAAUCGCCCUCUCACGAAGAGUACUGCGUCAUGUUUGAGAACUUGCCUUACGUGGUUGAAAAGAGAAAUCUGAGGGUGUUACUUCAUCCGGUUUCUUUAAAAGAUGAUCAGAUUAUUAUCUUUGCCCAAAAAAAGGAUGAUAGGACCAGAUCGGCCGUUGUGGUGUUUAGAAGUCUCACAGACUAUUGUGCUGGCUUGGCUCAUAAUAAGGAAAUGUUGAUGAACAAGGUAGUGUACGUGACGCCCAUCUCCAAGGAGAAAAUGGUCAGCUUGUUGGAAACGUCUGUUGACUCCAGAGAGGAAGGAAAAGGUUUGAGACGUUCAGUGGAAGCGCAACACUCUCAACGAAACAAUCCUGACUCACAGUUGAGGUGUCUCUACGUGCGCAAUCUCCCAUUUGACGUUCGUAAGGUGGAGAUCAUGGACUUCUUUCACGGAUUUCCGCUCUCGGAGGAUAGGGUUGUCUUAUUGCGGGACGAAAGAGGAGCUGGGCUCGGUGAGGCUUUGGUGAUCUUCCAGUCUGAGAAAGAGGCCAUGACGGCACAGUCCCUAAACGGACAGAGGUUUCUUGGAUCCGAAGUAAUGCUUAAGUGCAUAACGAUGGGCCAGAUGCAGAAGUUUGGCAUCAAUGACCAGUUGAUGGAUAGCCCCCAAGAAAGGAAUUUCCAGAAAGCAGAGGUUUUCAACGACGGUCCUCAUUUUUUGAACACCCAGAUGCCCCGAGAUGAUGGUGAGAUGUUGCCCAAUAUGCGGCAGGGUUUUGGAGGUCAUGAUCGCUUUGAGCCUAAUUUUGGCCGCAAUGAUGCAUUUGGGCCGGGACCAGAUGGUAAUGGACGUCAGUGUUACGGAUCGCCUGACCGACAGUUUGACAGCCCGACUUGUCUUAAAUUGGUCAAUUUACCCUCUCAGAUAAGGAUCGAUGAGAUUUAUGACUUCUUCUAUGGAUACAGAGUGAUUCCAGGUUCUGCCUCCUUGCUGUAUGAUAGAAAUGGAGCUCCCAAACGUUCAGCAAAGGUAGCUUUCGAAACCCACGGAGAGGCACUCACCGCUCUUCAAGAAUUAAAUGGACGACCUAUUGGCACCAGGAAAAUUCAGAUUUUAUUUGUGUAGAUAUGCUUUUGGACUACAGUCUUCAUGUUUUUCUCAUUUCAUUUAUUUGAAGUUGUAUGUGCUUUUUCACCCGAUUUAACAAGUGAAUUUGCUUGCUUUUCAUAAAUCUGCAGACGAAACACUGCUUUAAUUUAGGCUGAUGCUUUAUAUCUUGACAUUUUGAAAAUAGUGCUUUUGUAUGCAUGCGACAGUAUCUAGACUUCAGUAUUAUUUGUGCUGUUGUUCUCCCCACCGAGUCAUGACUUCAAUUUGAGAUUUCACUAAAUAUCACCAGUAUAUUUUGUUUUCAGAUAAAAACAGUUCUUAAAGAAUCUAUUUAACA